UUCAUGAGUCGUCCUCCUCAUUUUGGAGGCGGGUAUGGGGGACCUCCAUCGAGGCCUCCAUUCCACCACUUUCCACCCAGAGGUGGAGGAGGAUGGAACGAUGGACCCCCUCAUCGACCUCCAUUUAGGGGACCCCCUCCGCAUGGGGGCGGAAUGGACCAUCCCAACAUGUACCCUCCUCCACAUCACAACCAAAUGCAUCCCCCACCUCAUCAACCGCCGCAUGGGCCAGGGGGGUACCCGCCUCCCAUGCACAGGUACCCACCGCCAGGACCCUAUGGACAACCACCACCGGGAUAUCCCCCACCGCAUUUUGGUGGACCCCCACCGCAGUACGGGGGACCCGGUAUGCCGCCUGGACCAAUGAUGCGGGAUCCCAAUGUACCACCCAUGCAACCAUUCGGGGGAAUGAGACCACCUAUGGGCAUGAAGAAUGAACCGGAACCAGAAGAGGAGUCUAAAUCGAUCAAAUCUGACUCAGUGUGGUCUGAGCACAAGUCACUUGACGGGAAGACAUACUUCUACAAUAAGGAGACGAAGGAGUCCAUUUGGGAGAAGCCGGACGACCUGAAGACUCCUGCUGAGCUGCUGCUGUCCAAGUGUCCCUGGAAGGAGCACCACUCGGACGAUGGCAAGACCUACUAUCAUAAUGUGGACACCAAGACUAGUGUGUGGACCAUUCCCGAGGAGUUAAAGGAGGUGAAGAAGCAGAUAGCAAUGAUAGAAGCAGAUGAGGAGCGGAGCAGAGUGAGAGAAGAGGAGGAAAGAUUGCAGCAGGAGGAUGCUCAACAACAGCCACCUCCUGCCGCGAACCCAUACAUGAUGCCCGGACCCCCUCAUAAUCAGUUCCCACCCACAGCACCCGGUGGACCAGGCAUGAUGUUGCCUCCCGGCUCUGCCGCUGCUAUGGGAAACAACCCUCUAAUGGCCUUCGUGGGCGCACAGGCGGGUGGUCCACCCACUGGAGAAAUGCCACCGAUGGGUGUGCCUCCUAUGGGAAUGCCGUAUCAGGCACCAUUGGGAGUACCGGCUCCAGUGAUGCCAGUGGUAACUGGAGUUCCGAUGGAGACUAACCAAGCAGCAAUUGUGCCUACAACUGCGAGUGCAGAAAAUGUUGAUGCUGAAGCUGUGAAGAAGCAGUACAACUUCGAAAACAAAGAAGAAGCCAAGCAGGCAUUCAGGGACCUCCUCAAGGACAAAAAGAUUCCAUCUAAUUUCUCCUGGGAAAACGCCCAGAAGCAAAUCAUCAGUGACCCCCGAUAUGUGGCACUUCCCAAAAUAAGUGAGAAGAAACAAGUUUUCAAUGCUUACAAAACCCAAAGAGCUAAGGAAGAAAAAGAAGAGGAAAGAGCUAGAAAGAAACAGCAGAAGGAAGAUUUGACCAAGUUCUUCGAAAAUGACCCGCAAAUGCAUUCUGGACUUCGUUAUACAAAGGCUGAGAAGUUUUUCUCUCAUUUGGAUGUGUGGCAAAAAGUUGAAGAAAGAGAUAGAAAAGAGAUAUUUGAAGAUGUGGUUUUCCACUUGGCAAAGAAAGAAAAAGAAGAGGCGAAGGUUCUCAAGCAGAGAAAUAUGACGUCAUUAACUGCGAUUUUGCAGCAAAUGGAUCAAGUUAACUACCUCACCACUUGGUCGGAAGCGCAACAGUUUCUUUUGGACAACCCGACGUUUGCAGAAAACGAGGAACUACAAAAUAUGGAUAAAGAAGAUGCUUUGAUUUGCUUCGAAGAGCACAUUAGAAGUUUAGAGACAGAGAAUGAGGAAGAAAAAGCGAGGGAAAAAUUGAGGAGACGAAGAAUUGAAAGGAAAAAUCGGGAGGCUUUUGUUACUUUAUUGGACAAAUUACACUGCCAGGGAAAACUGACCUCUUUAUCGCUUUGGAUGGACCUGUUUGAAGAUAUCAAGAAAGACCACGCAUUUGAUAACAUGCUGGGACAAGUAGGCUCGACGCCCUUAGAUUUGUUCAAAUUUUAUAUUGAGGACUUAAAAGACAGGUUUUCAGACGAGAAGAAAAUGCUGAAAGAUAUGAUGAAGGAUCACAACUUAGUGGUGGAAACAAACACCACUUUUGAGCAGUUUGUCAAUGGAUUAAAAGGUGACGAUAGAUGGAGGUCAAUUGAUAUAGGAAACCUGAAAUUGGCGUAUAAUUCGUUAGUUGAAAAGGCAGAAUCAAGAGAAAAGGAAAGAGUUAAAGAGGAACAGCGUAAUGCUAAGAGAAGAGAAGGCUCCUUUAAAAAUAUGCUGAAAAGUCAUGCGGCGCCACCUCUGGUUAUUGGAGAUACCUGGGAUAAUGUGCGGUCACGAUUUGAAACUGACGAUGCGUUCUGUGCAAUAACGACGGAAAGUGAACGACUCAGGCUGUUCAAAGAGUUCAUGAAGUCUUUAGAAGACGAAGCGCGUGAACAAGAGGAGAAGCGUGAAAAGAGGGAAAAGAAAGAACGCGAUAGAAAGAGACCAAAGGGUGAGAGGGAGUCUCGCGAUGAGAAGGAAAAAGGUCGUGAAAAAGAUAAAGAUAAAGAAAAGGAUAGAAAAAGUAAGAAGCACAAUUCGAAAAGCAAGUCUGAUGGCGAAGAAAGUGAAAAUGAGCCCAGCAAGGACAAUAAAGACUCUCACAAAGGACGAACCGACUCUGAUCAUGAGAAUAAUUCAUCGGGAAAGAAAAAGAAAAACAGGUCGAGGUAUUCGCCUUCCGAUAAUCACAGAUCGCCAUCGGAGGGCACAAGAAACAGACACCAUUCUAGGUCACCAACCGACAAAAAAGAGAAUGACAGACGCGAUCGAAGUAACGAUGAACCUCACGACGAAGAAAUGAGGUCGCCUAGUAAGGAUAAUGAUGGACGAAUGAAUGAUUCGGGAUCGAAAAGGUCAAGGCAAAAACGAGAACCGAGUGUUAAGAACAACGACGAGGGAUCUGAUCAUGAGAAGCAAAAUGAGAAAGAAUUGAAAAAAGAUAAGAAAAAGAAGAGCCGAAGAAAGAAGCAGUCUGAAUCGGAUAAUGGGGAAGAAAAAGUCGACAAUGAGGAGAUAGAACAGCAAGAUAGCAAUAAUAGGAAAAAGAAGAAAAAGAAUAAAAAUUCAAGGUCGCCAAGCCCGGGUGAAAAGAUGGAACUGGGAGAACCUAAACACAGAGACGCUGAAAAUGAGGAAGACCUAAAAUCCAGCAGCAGGAAUUUAAAGAAGUCGAAGAAAAAGAUGAAGGCCGAUGAUAUUGAAUUGCAAGGGUCGUUGAAAGAUCUAAAAAUGGAGGACUCUGAAAAAAGCGACGGAGAAGUUAAAGAAUCAGUCAGUGAUGAUGGAAAUGGUAAAGAUAGGAAAAAAUCUUCGAAGAAAAACAAAAAAGACACCAGCCGCGAAGAAGCGGGUAUUGAUCCAUCUGAGGAUACUGAGGAGCGCCGUGAGUCGAAAGUUCGUAACGAAGGCUUGAAAGAUAAAAGCUCAAAGAAAAAGAAGAAAAGACAACAAACUCCAAAUUCGGACUCCGAAAAUUAGAAAGUUUCCAAACUUGAAAGAGCUUUCUAAAAAUGUUUUUUUAGCAUUGUGAUUGAUUAUAAUUAUCUUCUCAAGGAUCUCAUUAAUAACUUUUUGUCGCCCCUUUUGUCUGUCUGGAAAAAUCUAACUUUGCAGUCAUUAGGUGUCUCUUGCUUGGAAGAUUCGUAUCCAGGUACAUAAAACGGUAAAGGGGAAUGAGAAUGGCGCAUUGCUAAUUAGAUAACCCAACAAAUAUAAAAAUAUAUAAUUUAUACUGAUCCAUGUGAUUUUUUAGAAACCGCGUUAGGUUUACUGUAUCUGUAAUGUAAUGUGUUCCUUUUCUUUGUUUAUUUGUUGAAUUGAUUGUUUUUGAUCUUU